CUGCAGGGGUGUGUCAGCGCCCGCGGCGCCGGGGAAGUGCGCAGGCGCGCAGGGCCGGCGAGCGCAGGCGCAAGAAGGGCACAGCUGGGAGGCCUCCAGUUGUCCGAGCUGCCGCGGCUGGAGAGGAGUGGCCGGAGCUGCUUGGAUAUCCACAUUUCAGUUUCUGUGCCUAACCAGAGUUUUGAUUCAUCAUGGAUGAUCUGUCAGCAGAACAGAUUCAGCUGAGGGCUAACCAGGUUACUGAUGAGUCUCUGGAAAGUACAAGGAGAAUCCUGGCUUUAGCCAUUGAGUCUCAGGAUGCAGGAACCAAGACUAUCGCUAUGCUGGAUGAACAAGGGGAACAACUAAACCGCGUAGAAGAAAACAUGGACCAAAUAAACAAAGACAUGAGAGAGGCAGAGAAGACUUUAACAGAACUCAACAAGUGCUGUGGCCUUUGUGUAUGCCCGUGUAAUAGGACAAAGAACUUUGAGUCUGGUAAAGCCUAUAAGGCAACAUGGGGAGAUGGUGGAGACAACUCUCCUAGCAAUGUAAUAUCUAAACAGCCAGGCCGAGUGACAAAUGGUCAGCCUCAGCAAGCAACCACAGGAGCAGCCAGCGGUGGAUACAUUAAACGUGUAAUGAAUGAUGCCAGAGAAGAUGAAAUGGAAGAGAACCUGACUCAAGUGGGCAGUAUCCUAGGAAAUCUCAAAAACAUGGCCAUAGACAUGGGCAAUGAGAUUGACGCUCAGAAUCGACAAAUAGAACGGAUCACAGAAAAGGCCGACACCAACAAAGAUCGUAUUGACAUUGCCAAUGCCAGAGCAAAGAAACUCAUUGACAGCUAAAGCUGCUGCUGUACUGCUUUAUCAUUUAUUCAUUUCCCUAGCUCCUCCUUCAAAGUCAUUACCUUUCCAGAGUUUGAAAUGUUGGUUCCACAUUAUUCUAAUCGAGAGGUGGUAUGGAAGAAGAUCUAAGAGUAACAGCCUCCCCCUGUUUUUUAAAUUUUCUCUUUUUCCCUUGAGGGUAGACUGCUGCUUAGUCUUGGAAAAUACUAGAGUAUUUUCUUUCUCAGUUCAUACUCUUAGAUUGGUAUUCAGUUAUCAUAUAUAGUAUUGUUUUUCAUCCUCUCCAUUUACUUUAGCAGAUUCUUCUGCUUUCAAGAUUUGCAAGCAUUGCCAAAGACAGCUAUGUAAAAGGAAGCUGGGGGUGGUGGGGGCAAGCACAAGGAGGAGAGGCAAGAGAUAAAGAGGUUGUUACCUCAGUAAAACCUGCAGACCAUAAAGCAAAAAGUUGCAUGACCACAGUGAACAUCUAUUGGGUUUAGUUAGUAUUUAAGUUGCAGUUAUUGCCAAUUUAGGCUAAUGCUUGGUUUUGGAGCUUUUAUAGACAAUAUUUUUGUUAUACAUCACAACUUUGCAACCUCUGCUCCAAAGGAAAAUAGAAUGAGUUUUCUCAAAGUGAGCUUAAUUUCUGAACGCUUGGUGAUUCAUAUAUGUAUAUAGAUCUAUGAUCCCAUUUCAUAUUGCACCAUAUAGGAACACGUGGUAUAAAUGAAUGGCUGUUUAUUUUCGUAUUAGUAGUAGUAUAGUCCCAUUUCAGGCCUGUUAACCUCACAAAUUUGCUGUUAGUCUUUGAAGAAAAAAAUAUGUAAAUAUGUAUAUAUAACAUGAGAAUUUCUCUCUAAGGCAGGGCUUAAAAUUUUUUGAAAAAGUUUGACAAGGUAUAUCACGUGAAUUCAGAUUUACCUCAAUGCCAAGAAUUAUGUUUAGAUAGGAGAAAAGAAACUUGAUCUCAGGUAGAAGAUAGUUAAGUUGCUUUGAGUUUUAUGUAGCUUUAGACUUUUUUAAAAAAACUAGAAUUUAUUCUGUUUAAAAAUGAUUAGAAAAUUAUGCCUUUGGUUUACCUAUUGAUGAUUGCACUAUCAUUCUCUUAGCCUUUUGUAUUGAACUUCCAGAAUCACAUUUAUUUAGGUCCUGAAGAGUGUUACAAGAAUCUAGUGUUUGUCACCUUUAUUUAAAAACUAACUUCUGCACACUUCAAAGCUAUUAAUGUGGAUUGGUUUGACGAAUAACCACUGUUUGAUCCUUACAGUUAAAUUUUGUAACUAACUAAUGGAAUUGUUCUUUCAAAUAGGCAAUGUACUUCUGUUACUACUUUGGGGGGGAGGGCGGGAUAGGGAUCAGUAAUUUCAUCAGCUCUUAUUUGACAAACUGAAUAAAGCAAAGAUCCAUAAA